CUUCUGGCAAGAACUACCGCCAAUGCCAGCCAGCAUGCGCACGUGCCAUUGGCGGGUGCUGAGUCGAAGAAGAAGCUCGCAGCUGUCAGCCUCAAGCGUUUCAAAGGAACAAGCAAGCAAACAAGCAGGGACCCAAUGUCUCGCAUCAAGAACAGGCUGCGCGGGUCGGAGGAGAGCUUGGCGUCGGCCGACGACUCCAUCGACGAGACGCGCAGCGUGAUGUCCUUCAUCCUGUCGCGGCUGCCCGAACACGCGUCCGCCUCUGGUAUCGCUGCUGCCGGCGCUGUGCCAGCACUGAGCACUGGCGGGAGUCCGUCGCCGCUGGCGGAGGGCUCCAGCGGAGACGGCGAUGGCACCACGCUCUCCCUGCCGGCACCGUACCCCGUGGAGGUGCGCAAGCUGCAGUGGACCGCCGUGGCCGCCCACCUCCCGGGGCUGCUCAAACUGCUGCUGCUGCUCGCCGCGCAUGCGCUCCUCGUAGUCGCAUUCCUCGACACCGGAUGGGACCACAAGGCGCGCAGGCAGGCCAGGGCAAAAACCCUCUACAAGCAACACCACCACGACCGCCUCACGGUGUGUGUCGACGCCGCUAGCUACCCACACAAACCGGCCUAUGCUGUUAGUGUAGUGUCACAUCAGCUUCGUUACACCACAGCAGCCACAAUACUGGCACGCACGUCCCUAGAGUCGGAGGAGACUGCCAUAGCUCUGGCCAUAUCCACCACUGCUGCCGAGGUUAUUCUUAGCGACUCCAACACUGCAAUCCGCAACUACUCCAAAGGCCGAGUUCAUGAACCGGAGCCGUGGUGCCAGGGCUCGGGCUUUCUGCUCCUGCUGCUGGCAAUGCUGGACGCGUGGCUGUUGUGCGGACUCUGCGUACGCUGGAUGCCCAGCAAGAAGGUGGCCGCCAUGAAAGAACGCACCAGGAAGCGGGCUCUGUGGCUCAGCGAACGGAAGUGGAUCGGCAGGACUGCUUGGACCGUGGUGUGGCUCGCCGUGCUUCUGUUUGUCGCCAUCAACUCGCGACUGCACCGACCCCGUGUCACGGCCUGCUUCGGAAUGCUUCUUCUGGUCGGCUUCGGAUACGUCUUCUCCAAGAACCGUAACAAGGUCAAGUGGCGCCCCGUGCUGAGCGGCUUCCUGCUCCAGUUCGUGCUGGGCCUGCUCCUGGUGCGCUGGAAGGUCGGCCGUGGCGCCCUGCUCUGCGUCGCCGACAAGAUGAACGCCGCCAUCGCGUUCGCCGGCCACGGGGCGCGCUUCGUGUUCGGCUACCUGGCCACGGGACAGCUUGACGGGGACGGACUGCCCCAGCAGAACGCUGGGCUGACGAUGAGAAACGUGCUGUCUGCCGUGGUGUUUUUCGGUCUUCUGGUGUCGUUGUUGUGCCAUUACGGGCUACUGCAGUGCCUCGCACUCAAGGUGGGGCGCCUCAUGGCCGUCGUGAUGGGCACCACCAUUUGCGAGUCCUUUUGCGCAGCCAGCAACGUGUUUCUAGGCAUGGCCGACUCGGUGCUCCUGAUAAAGCCGUGCCUGGCGCAGCUGACCAGGUCCGAGAUCCACUGCGUCAUGACCUGCGGCUUCGCCACCAUAUCGGGAAGCCUGUUCGCCGUCUUCACGACCUUCGGCGUGAAAGCCGAGGACAUGAUCGCCGCCUCAUUGAUGUCGGCGCCGGCGGCGCUUGGAUUCUCCAAGCUUUUCUACCCCGAGACAGAGGAGAGCUGUGCCGGCCUUGAGAAGAUCAGCGACCCCCGUAAAAGCCGUCCCGGCUGCACCCUGCUGGAGUCCGUGUCGCACGGCUUGUCGGCGCAGCUGCGGGUGGCGGCUCACGUGGUGGCCUCGCUGCUGGGAUUCCUGUCCUGCAUGGCGCUGGCCGACUCGCUGCUCGCCUACCUGGGAUCCCUCGUGGGAUGGCAGUUCGUCACGCUCAACUGGCUGCUGGGCCGGCUGUUCGUGCCGCUGGCCCUGGCAAUGGGCGUCGGGCUUCACGAGUGCUCGCGCGUCGCCUCCCUGCUGGGUCUGAAGGCCGCUCUCAACGAGGUCGUGGCCUACGGCCAGAUGGGCGAGCUGGCACGGGGCGGCUUGCUGUCCCUGCGCUCGCAGCUGCUGUGCGCGCACGCGCUGUGCGGCUUCUCGAGUCUCGGUGCCCUGGGCGUCCAGCUGGGCGCCUACGCCGCCCUGGCGCCCGAGCGCCUCUCCGACUGCGCGCGCGUAGCAGGACGCGCCCUGGUCGCUGGCUCGCUGGCAUGCUUCAUGACCGCCUGCACUGCCGGAGCGCUGACGGACACUGCGGGCUACGAUGUCCCAACGGCCUUCAAUAGCUACGACUUUGUUUAGAAGGCAACAAUAAAAAAUGACAAGACAUAUUUCUGCUACAUUACAAAACAUUAUAUAGCGAAGUUCAUUCACACUUAUAAUUUAGAAGAAAAAUACAAACGACGGCUUUAAAUGAGCAUGACACGAUACAUGGAAGCUUAGCUGCCCAUUUACCUCGACGUUUAACUUGAACAUAGUUGACGUUCUGUCUAGGAAGAUUAGAAAUUCAUUAGAAAUAUGCUGCUUGUUCUGGCUAUAAAAGCUUGAGAAUUGUGUGAUGCUUUGAGCUCUUGGGACAGCAAGCAUAGUGGUCCGUGCAAUAUACCCUCCCGGACAAUAUACCAAUGAAAAAGUCACGCGGAAAUUUCUCUGGAAGUUGUCUUAAGUAUGCGUAAGCAUUGUGCCACUUGCUCACCUCCACGCAACCCGGUGUCAUUAUCAGUGUUAUGAAACUUG